CGCGUGGAAAUUGUGAACGUAUUUAGUCUAGGCCAGAGGACCCGGCUUGACUCUUGUCUUGUCACCAAUCGGUGUCACAAGCGAUACAAAUUAGCCCCACCAGUGGUUCACAAACUAUUUUCCCUUGGACCGAAAGCUCUUCGCACUGAAACACGCUCUCAACGCUAAGAUAACGUAGAAGAAUGAGUGAGACAUCCACAUCACCCGUAGAAUCACCAGAGGGUGAAGAAGGCAGCCAGCACCACAGGGUUCCCAAGUGUGCUCGCUGCCGCAGCCAUGGCACGGUGUCGUGGCUAAAGGGCCACAAGCACUACUGCAGAUGGCGCGACUGCACGUGUUCUAAGUGUCAACUGAUCACCGAGCGACAGCGCGUGACGGCCGCGCGCGUCGCUAUACUCCGGCAGCAGAGGAAGAGCGCAGAGUUACGUGAGAAGUAUCAACGAGAGAUGGAAAACGUGCGUCUUAGUUACUCCAUGGUGUUCCCGAGAUCGGGCAUUCCGGCCUUUCCACACCACCACAUGCAUCACUCACUUGCGCAGGCGCACUACGACGAGAGGAUACGCCAGGCGUACGCCCUCAGGGAGCAAGGGCUUGAAAUAAAUCGCAAGCGUUGUAGCUCCUACUCCGAGGAGGAAGAUUCUGCCCCUUCACCAAAGAGACGAGCAUCUACGCCAGAAGUACGCGUGAAGGAGGAACCAGUCGACCGCCCUGCGAGCCCCCAACAGCAUUCAGCACCGGCUAGUCCAGCGAGAGAAGAAAAGGAGAGAAAAUCUACGCCUGUUCGUGAACCACUCAACUUAACGAGGAAUUUUCCAUUCGAAGAUGUCCCGCCCCGAGGUCGAGUGGACAGUGGGUCGGACAGGACAUCCCCCGACCGACCACACCCAAUACAGCUCCUUUCCAAGAUCUUCCCAAGUCACAGCCACAGCACUCUAGAUCUCAUUCUUAAAGGCUGUCGGGGAAGUGUAGUGGAAGCCAUUGAGUGUAUUCUAUCAACGCAAGAUCCGCGCAGGGGUGGCCUUAGCUGUGCGUCCAUGGCAGCCAUCAAGGCAGCUGGUCUCAGUGGCUGCAUUACCACAAUGGCGCACACAUCACCAUUUUUACACGCUCCCAUAGCGCGUGCCCCAAUAGCACGACCGCUGCCCACGUCACCAGCGUGCUCCACCAGCCGCAUCUACACACCAUCGCCACUUCCGCCACCUCUCCUCAAAGCCAAGUCUGAGCCGCACUAUAGGCCACCGGUGUUUUCACCACCCGGCGCCUGUUCUCUGCCCGGCUUGACUGGCGAAAGAUCUAACUUUAGUCUGCUCUCCAAAUACUGUACACUGUGCGGACACAGGGUUCUUUCAUCGGACAAAUUCUGCGCGCAAUGCGGAAGGGCCGUAAGCAUGGCUAGCCCUGUCUGAACUAAAUAACUGGUCUAGUGUGUACCGGGCCUAAAGUGUAGCUAGCCCUGUCUAAACUAAACAACCGCUGCAGUCGCAAAGGCAAAUCGUUGAACAUUGUAUUCUGUAAAUAUUACGUAUUGCCCAUUGGCAUUAAAAGCAUUAUAAGAAAUCAAUGGUUCUCUACAAAUAUACCAUUAUGAUCACACGACUAAAAAUAAAUUCUAUUACAAAGGGAUUCUUUUAAAGAACGAUGUUAAAAUAUACUCCGUUGAUGACUAAUCUGAAUAGCAGUUUGACUCCUCUCGGAAGAAGCAAACAUAACUGAAAGCCUGAAUUUUUAUAAAUCCAUCUGGUAAGAAUUUUAUUCAAGUUAAGGAAUAUUAUACAUUUUAUGAGUAGAAAUAUACGAAAGAGACAUAAGUACAUUCUUUAUAAAAAACACACAGAAGCUAAACUUCAUUAAAUGAUGAUAAUAUAAGUUUUGUGUUGUUUUAAGUGGCGAAUUUAAUGGUUAGAUUAAGUAUAUAUAUUGGGGACAAGGUCCAUGGCAAAGAAUAAAAAUACAAUAAUUUCUAUGA